AUUCGCCCACCAAGGAACCAUAAGAGUGUGGAACCCUGCUGGACUGUGGAAUGCCGAAGGAUAAUGAAGGAUUGCAUCCCAGUGCCAGGAUUUCUGUUUGGCCAGCCACAGCUAUCCAUGACGAAGCAGUUUUCCAGCUCCAUGCGUGUACUAAAUGGUGGGAACACAUUUGUGGAUCACUCAGAGCCCAUUUGAGAUGGAGAUGACUGAAACUGUCAUCACAUAGAAACUUCAAAUUGAAACACAUAAAUGAAGCAAUCAGCUUGGGCAACAGGGAGUCCCUCCACCUACUCAUGUUCACCAUCCUAGCAAAAUCUUAACAACUUUUUUCCACCAAUGAAUCAAGAUCUGCUUUGAGAUA